AUGUCGGUCAGCCAAGUUCACCAACCCAAUAUUGAUACGAAGAAAAGUGAUAAAAAUUUAAAGCUUCUGUUUCCAAAGCAAGCUGAAUGUUCUUAUGUGUCGUGUUAUUGUGAAGAAAAUGUCUGGAAGCUCUGUCAGGAUGUAUCGUUAAGAGUACCAGAAGAAUUGGAUCGAUGUUUUGUGGUAUUCAUAUCGAAUCCCUGUCGCACUGUGCCUUUGUGGAAACAAAGGGCUGGGCGCGAAGAAGAUCGCCUCGUCAUUUGGGACUACCAUGUCAUAUUCCUAUACUCAAUUGACUUGAAGUCAUGUUUGGUUUAUGACUUAGAUUCUGAGCUUCCAUUCCCAACAUUCUUCCAUAAAUAUGUUACAGAAACAUUUCGUACAGAUCAAGUUCUAAAAUCUGAUUUCCACAGGUUCUUUAGAGUUGUGCCAGGUAAAUAUUUCUUACAGCAUUUUUCAUCUGAUCGACGUCAUAUGAAACGACCUGAUGGUUCCUGGAUUAAACCACCACCACCAUAUUCUGCUAUAUCUGCAUCAGCAUCUUCUCACAACUUAGAUGAGUACAUCAAUAUGGAUGCCGAUAUUGGUCCUGGCCAAGUUUUUAAUCUUACUGAAUUUGUUCAAAGAUUCUAUAAGAUAGAAAAGUGA